AUGGCUUCCUCAGCAAUGACAGUAGCUGCACUAAUUUUCUCUCUCUUCUCUUUGUCCAACUCAAUCAACGUUUUCCCCCUCUCCUCCCAUUAUAGGUCAAUUGGAAGACCAUCCCCUCCCUUCCCUUCAUCUCUUAUUAAACCUGAACUUUUGAAGCCAAUUAUUAGCUAUUCAAGUGAGAAGGUAUAUUAUGAGAUUAAGUAUUUUACACAGACCUUGGAUCAUUUCAACUAUGUUCCAUGGGGCUAUGAAACUUUUCAGCAAAGAUAUUAUGGGGAGUCUAUACCUUAUGGGAGUGAGGAGAUUGCUUAUAAGAAUGCUUGCACCCAUGGGUAUCUGAGUUCGGCUCAGGCAUUGGCUGAUUACGCGAUGUUGAUCAUUGAUCUCAAGAAGAAUUCGUCUGCCGAAGACUCUCCAGUUGUGGUCAUGGGUGGUUCUUAUGGUGGAAUGUUGGCUAGAUGGUUCAGGUUAAAAUAUCCACACGUCUGCAUUGGAGCUUUGGCAUCUUCCACUCCAAUUCUAAACUUCGCAGACAUUACCUCUCCCUAUUCCUUCAAUAACAUCGUCACCGAAGAUUUCAGGGGCGAGAGCGAGAACUGUUACAAGGUGAUAAAGAAUUCAUGGCGGAAAAUUCAUGAAACCGUACAGCAGCCAGGGGGACUUGAAGAGCUUAGAAAGUCUUUCAGAAUCUGCCCGAAUCACAUUAGCAAAGAUUCGUUGACAAAUUGGUUGGAAAGGGCAUUCAUAUACACGGCCAUGACUGAUUAUCCAGUUCCCUCUAACUUUCUUGCACCCCUACCUGCUUUUCCCAUUAAACAAAUGUGCAAGGCUGUGGAUGAUGCGGGAGAUGAAGUGUUCAAAGGAAUUUAUGAAGCUGCCAAUAUUUUCUACAAUUACACAGGAGAUUCCAUGUGUUUCAAUCUCUCUAAUAACUCCGACGCACACGGCUUAAAUGGAUGGGGAUUUCAGGUACUUAUAAGCAAAAAAGGGGAGGCAGCAGACAGGUGGCAUGCAAGGGGCACACAAGUGUCAUACAAUGGCAUUUAGUGUGGCAUACAUGUGUAACAUGGCACUGAUAGAAGUUCCCUGGACGAACCUAUACAUUCACUCCCGGCAGCAAUGCUCACGAUGGUGUCAUGCUCGAUGGCAAUGCGCACGGCCGCUUCCUCCUUGGCAGCAACGCUCAUGACAGUAACGUGCACGGCGGCUUCCUCCUUAGCAGCAACGCUCAUAGCAGUAACGUGCACGGCGGCAUAAUGCACCGCGGUGUCGCGCACAGUGGUGACACGCACAGCGGUGUCACACACGGCAGUGUCGCGCACAGCGGUGACGCGCACAGCGGUGUCACACACGGCAGUGUCGCGCACGGUGGUGACGUGCAUGGCAGCAUCCUCAUCACGCACGAUAGCUCCUUCAUCAUGCGCAGCGGCUUCCUUCGCCAGGCACAAUGACUUCUUUCGUCACGCACGGCGGGUCCUUACAACUCAUUGAUCUAAGUUAGGAAUACAAGAGAAUAACUCCCUGGCUUAACUUGCUUUGCGUUGGUACUGAAUAAGAAGAAGAACUCGAAUUCUAUUGCUUUUAGUUAAGUGCUUAGUAAAGUCCUUGCUUGCUUCCCUUGUGGGUUACGGUUAGGUGCUUGCAUCUUUAGCUCUUUCCUGCUGGGUUUGACUAGGCAAGGGUCAGUCGGGCCUUCUCAAUGUCGAAAGUUCUUUUUCCUUGUCACGCUACUUUG